AUGUCAGACGUUUCGUCCACCGCACCCACGAUGAACAAGCAACUUGUCCGUGCUGCAGUCUUGGUGGCUAUUCUCGCGGGGAGUGUCGCCAGCACCAAGACUUAUGAUUUGGGAGGAGGAGGAGACUACCAACACGAAUUAACGUUGCUGCAUAUGCUCGCCUUUUCUUCUUGGUUUGGAUGCAGUGUGUGGGUGUCCUUUGUGGCAGGGUUGGUCAUGUUCAAGAAUCUUCCGAGACAUACUUUUGGACGUCUUCAGGCCAAGCUAUUUCCAGCCUAUUUCUUAUUUUCAGCCAUCAUGAUUGGGAUUGCCAUGGUGACUUCGAGUGCACUAGGAUGGGGUCUACAGUCACUUGGAUGCAUCAUGGCUACGAUUCUAGUCAAUUUGGUAUACUUUGAACCCGAGACUACCCGAGUCAUGUUUGAACGCCACAAGGUCGAACGACGUCUGGGGACUGGACACGAGGUUGGAAUUCUGAAACCAAAGGAUCCCGAAAAGGCCAAUGAUCCGGAACUCAAGAAACUUUCAAAACAAUUUGGAAUGCUACAUGGUUUCUCGACACUAUUCAAUCUGGGAGCCUUGGGAGUUGGUUGCUAUUGGAUUAACUUUUGCACACAACAAAUGGUGGCCGUGGCAUCUAGUAGUUCUUCUGGCUAA